GCGGGGCGGGCCGCAGUGGGAGCUCGUGCCGCGGUCCCGAGGAGCCGGCGCUGGAGGCCCCAGGCCGCUGUCCGCCGGAGCCGCGCUCCGCCCCCUCGGCACGCAGGCCCCGCGCGGGCUCGCGUUUGCGCGCUCGUCCCCGGCGGAGCCUCGGUGCGGCCUGCGGGACGGGGCGGGCAGAGGCCGGGCCGCUGAAGUCGGAGGGGAGGGGCCGCCGCAGGCGGCGGCGAAGAGCAUGUCGGCAACUCGAGCCAAGAAAGUGAAGAUGGCCACCAAAUCGUGCCCCGAGUGCGACCAACAGGUUCCUGUUGCAUGUAAAUCAUGUCCUUGUGGUUACAUAUUUAUUAGCAGAAAACUUUUAAAUGCAAAACACUCAGAGAAGUUACCACCUUCUACAGAAAACAAGCAUGAGGCCAAGAGGAGGCGAACAGAGAGAGUUAGGAGAGAGAAGAUAAAUUCUACAGUAAAUAAAGAUUUAGAAAACAGAAAGAGAUCUCGAAGUAACAGCCAUUCAGAUCAUAUCAGACGAGGAAGAGGAAGACCUAAAAGUGCAUCUGCUAAAAAACAUGAGGAAGAAAGAGAGAAACAAGAGAAGGAAGUUGAUAUCUACGCUAACCUCUCUGAUGAAAAAGCUUUUGUGUUUUCAGUCGCCUUAGCAGAAAUAAAUCGAAAAAUUAUCAAUCAAAGACUUAUCCUCUGAUACUUGUCUGCAACAUGUGUUGAAACUUUCUUCAGGAUUGCAUCAGCGAGUUCUGAACAGGAUGGACUCUGAGGAGCAUCUGGCUACAUCACGAGAGGCCAUCGAUCAUCUUUUUCCCUGUCGUUUAACCUGUGCCACACUUGGGGAGCAAAGCUGUGGGCUUGGUGGACUCUUCUAGGAUUUCCUUGUUUACCAAGGAGUAUUGUCAGUGUUUUGUGUUUGGGACAUAAAAGCAAGUAUAUUUAUGAAAAAAUAGCUGACUGGAUAUUAAAGGAUAAAAAAGGUUAAAGGUGGGGGUGGAGGGGUGAAAACUACGGAAAUAAAAUGCUUGACGCUUUUCAGCUUUGCCACCAGAGAUGCAAUAUUUUAAAUAACUGUCAAUGAGUAAAUAUGUAUUUCAGAUUUUCAUCCCUAACGGAUUGCAUAUAUAUAGUUCAUUUACUUUUAGUAAAUUGGCAAUUGAUGUUUUAUUGAAUGGGGAAUUAAGAAUAUAAAUUGUAAAUUUUAUCUAAAUUUUUUUUUUCUUGGCCUUUAUUUUUAUGACUUAAGAUAUGAGUUAUAUUUUAGGACGUAACUUUCUAGACAGUUUAGAGUUUUGGGUGCUAUUUGAAGAAAAACCUUUAAGGAUAUAUCAUACUUCAGAUAUAAACACCUUGUUUUUUCUUGAAUGUAACUUAUUUAUUGGUUAAAAGAAAUUUUUUCUGCUCUCAAGAUGGUGCCUGUUAACCUAAAUGUAAAGUAUAUUUAUUACAUGCAAAAUAUUUCUUAGUCACUUUUGAGCAGUAAUGUUUUAUCUGAAUGGAUAUUCAUUUAUACAUCCCAAUAAUUAUUUAAAUUGUUACUUAAUUUCUCUCUGGAAAAAAAAAUAAACCUUAAUAUUGAAAC